UAUUGCCAUGAUUAAGUAGUAAAACUUGAAUCUUGUGAUAGACAGCAAACUAAUUCUUUGAAAUAUCUAUAUAAACAAUUAAAAUAUUGACCAUCUAGAUAGAUUGGAGAAUGUCAAAAGUUGCCGCCGAACCUGGACCAUCCAAAUCCGGCACACAGGAGAAAUCGAAGGAUGUUUACGUACUUGUGUCAACCAAAGAAUCAAACAAAGACACAACCAAAGUGUAUAGCGAAAUAUACAAUACUAUUCGAAAGUCUACGGGAGCUACUUCUGACAACCAAGACAGGUCCUUGCCAGGACUUGUUCUAUCAGUCAUAGGAGAUUCCGAAAGUUAUGUUCCAAAAUCAUGGAAUACAACAGAAUUUGAGUCGGGGCUACUUCAGACCGUCAAAGGGGCAAAGGAAAGCUGGAUUAUAUAUAGAGGUAAAAAAGAUGGCGUUAGUUCUCUGGUAGAUAUGGCUUUUAAAGGCAGCACAUUAGUGGACGACAACGAUAAGAAUCAAGACAAUGAGACAAAUUGCAGAAACCAGAAAGUAACGUUAGUUGCAAUCAAACCAUGUAAUGAAACGGAGGAUAAAACAUGCAAGAAAGAAAAUGGCAGAUGGACUUUUCAGCUCAAACUAAGAGUGGCAUCAACAAGUGAUGCAAAAAAUAAACAGAACCCCAAUGAAAAUUGUCUAAAUAACAAAAAGGAGUUUAAAUGGUUCAACAACUACUUAGCUAAUCUACUAUCAGAGUUAUCAAGACAGUAUACACCCUUACUGACCAAUAAAAGUAAAGUCGUUCUUAACAUGAGAGUUCCAGUGGUAAUUAUUGCAGUAGAAGGUGACGUCACUACUGUCCAUCAAAUACAGUCGUCUAUUCAAAGAAAAGUACCAGUCCUUUUAGUAAAAGGUUCGGGCAAAGCAGUAGAUUGUAUUAUUGAAUUCAUAAAAGAAACAUCUUGCAGUGAGAAAGACAGAAUUUUAGCUGAAAAUGCUGCUUUAUUACUUGGAAUUUACAUAAACAGUGAAGAAUAUGAAAAUUUAAAGAAGAUGAUGGAAGAAAUAGAGAAAUAUCGUUACCUGGUAACAAUUUUUGACUUGCACAGCAAAAAUGGCGGAAAAAUGGAAGACGCAAUUGUAAAAGCAAUUCUUAAAGGAUGGUCUCUUCAAGGAGUACACGCACAAACAUCACAUACUGAGAGCCCACAGCCACUUACCAGAUUUGAAACUUGGAUACCAAAUGAUCAAGAUAAACUUGAUAAAGGUAUUGCAAACUCGGAAAAGGGGAUACUUGAACUAAAUUCUCCUGUGAAGAACAUUUAUGACAUGGACAAUAUGACGAAUGCGAAGCCUAUGUCACCAGUUAUAGUUCCAAAUAACAACGAGAUAACAUCAAGUACAAGGACGACGCCUUCAAUCAAUAUUAUUAAAGCAACUGAAGAUAUUAAGAACGUCCCACCUGUAUUACAUGCAAUCGUUAUAAAAACAAACGAGACUUCUAACGAGAAAGAACAAAAAACACAACACUCUACUACAUCGAAUGGCAAAACUGGAGAGGAUAAGAAUGCAAACGUUACAAAUGAGGCUUCCCACGGGAAAGACAAAACAGGCAACAGUAGUAACACAGAAGAGGAUACGAAUGCAAAGGUUGCAAAUGAGACUUCUUCUAACGGGAUAGAACAAACAUCAAAAAACUCUACUACAUUGAAUGUUGUUGACAAAACUGGUGCAGAAAAACUUAAAACCUUAAACGAAUUGUAUCCGCUUAUUCUCACGCCUGGAUCAUUGUCGCUUUACUUUUACAUAGUAUACCAAUAUAUCAAAGAGAGUGAACAUUUAACAGAAAAAGAUAAGGAUUGGCAAGUGCUUCUUCUUCAUGCAAUUAUUGCUGAUCGAGAUGAUUAUGUAUCGUCAUUGAUUCAACAUGGGGUAACAUUCGAUCAUAACAAUAUAGACACUCUUUAUAGCGAGACCCUUCAGUGCAAAAACUGCGACGGUAUCGACUGUACAAAGAUACAUGCUAUCCAUUUUCGUGUGUCAGCAACUUACUGUCGGAAAAUUUGGUGCACAUGCAUUAAUCAUUUGAAUGAAACGAAUCAACUAUGUAAGAUACGCGGAGGUGACGUCAUCAAAAGUGCAAGACAGUUAUGUUCUAUUCUCUUGACAUAUUCAGAAACAGAUGAAAGUAAAAAGGAAGACAUGCCUAAAGAUGAAAGUAAAAAGGAAGACAUGCCUAAAGAUGAUUUAUAUCACGAUUUGUUAGCAUGGGCUUUAUUUGCAAACAGAAAAGAAUUAGCUGGAGUAUUUUGGUCCAAAUGCAAAAAUCCAUUACUUACAGCGAUUAUGGCUAGUAGUAUUUUAAAGAAUAUGGCUAAGAAAGUUCACACAGGCAAAGAUCGGAAGUUACAUGAAGAUUUGACACAACAUUCAAGGCUUUUUGAAAAAAGGGCCCUGGAACUUCAGAAUACCUUGUAUGACGAAGAUGAGAAAGGUUGUAUGUCGCUAGUAAACACUGUAGACGAGAUAUGGGAUAUGAGCGUUGGUCCAAUUGAAUGUGCUUAUGAAAACGGAAUGGUUGACGUGAUCGGUCAUCCAUGUGUCCAGCGCCUCCUGAGUAAAAUUUGGUACAAUGAUUCUGCAGCUCAGUUGCCACAGUGGUAUAAGAGUUUGUGGUGCUGUGGUCGUGGUCCCAGACGUUUCGAAAACAUGAAGAAAGCUUGGUCUUCUCCAGCAAUGACGUUUGCUGUACAUUACAUUGUGGUUUUGGUUCUGUUGGUAAUUUACAGUGCAUUCAUUUUAAUGGACAUAAAAAGUGAGAAUGCUCUCAGAGGAAUUGGAGUGUAUGAAUUCAUACUUCACCUUUGGAUAUUACUUGAUUUAUUGGAGGAAAUACUUCUUAGACAUCUGAGGUCGCUUUUACUUCACAAAAUGCCAAAGGGUCGACUGGUUGUAUAUCUAAAAGAUUUUUGGAAACUUCUAGCCUGGUUUUCAUACAUUAUCAUUGGAGCAGCCUUUUUGGUCAGAAUUGUCUCUGCAGAUGAUUACAAACGCACAGAAAUUAGACUUUAUAGCCUAGGGCUAUUCAUAAUGUACAUGCGAUUUUUGAAAAGCAUGUUGGUACUUACUUACUUUGGUCCGAAGAUAAUUAUGAUCGGCAAAAUGCUAAAAGAAUUAAUACAAUUCAGCUGGAUUCUGUUUAUUUUCAUCAUGUGCGCGGGUGUGUUGUAUCAUUCAAACAUGUACCCACAUCACUACGACAUGUGGCCCAGUCGUGGAACAGGUGCAUUCUACUGGAGACUCUGGAAAAUUAUGUCGCUGCCAUAUUGGCAAAUCUAUGGUGAACUUUUUCUGGAAGAUCUGAAAGGUGAAAAUAACAGCAACGGGUCGUGCACUUUCAUCCAAUCAGAAUGGGAGAGCGAUCCAAGUAUAGAGAGAUGUGUUGAGUACGACUGGGCCAUCAUGAUCAUUGCAGCCAUAUACAUGCUUAUAUCAAACCUUUUGUUGGUCAACUUAGUAAUCGCUUUAUUCAGCUAUAGAUUUGAAGAGGUACAGAAUAAUUCUGACAGACUUUGGAAAUUCUGGAGAUAUUCUAUCAUAAGCGAUUACAGUACAAGAUUUCCCAUACCUUUCAACGUGCCUCUUCACAUAAUUGACGUGAUAAGAACAUUUUGUUGCUCAAGAAGUACCUCUUGUAAAGGUGCAUCUCACAAAGAUGAACAAAGGAAAUGCAUAAAAGGAACGUCCCUGCCUCCUGAUCUCCUAGAAGACUUUCAACCUAAACAUGCCGCAAGAUGUCUGUUUGAAGAGAUGACUGAGAAAAAACAAUAGAAAAACUAUCAACAAGUAUUUUUGUAUGAUGAAAGAAUAACCUGUUUUUAAUAGUACUGGAUAAUAUUAUAAGAGUUCUUAUUUAAAAAAAUAUAUGCAAUUCUGUGUAGACGUUCAAUGAAAUAUAGAUACAUCAUUAUUUGUAAAUAUAUUUAAUUUUUG